AUGUCAACAAGAUCAUCUUUGAAGAAGCACACAACACUGACUGCCAAAGGUGAUAAGAAAGAGAAAGAUUCGGUUCCUUCGAAUAACGAUGAGACAGUUGCUUCAGCCGCGACUUCUGUUUCAGGAGCUAGAGAUGCAAACUCCGAAGGUAAGGUAGAUGGGAAUACUUUAAGAAGACCGAGUUCUUCGUGGUCAUUAUGGAAUACUGCUAAUGGUUCAUCUGAACAAGCGCAGGCGUCUUGGUGGCGCAGACCUUCUUUAAUAUCCAUCGGACUAAAGAAUAACACUGUAAAUAUUACUGCAAACUGUAAUGGCCAUGAUGCGAGCACCAUAAACGGAGACCAGAAAUGUGAACAAACCCAAGAGCCUGGUACACCACUUGAAAAUUCCGAACAGGUGUCUAACUCUAAUUCCAGUUCGAAAACCCCGUGGCUAUUUUGGAACAAGAAAGAUGAGGCAAAGGAAGUGAUGAGGACAAAGACACCUAACUUGAUCUCUAAUGAGUUAAUAUCAGGUGAAAGUUAUGAUGCAAUCCUAUUCAAAACUAAAUCGGAUGAACAAACUACGAAAGAAACAAAUAAUCUCGGUCCAUCUGCUCAAAAGAAAAAUCUUUUGGUUCCUGGAUUUGAUUUGCUACCAACAGCAACAAUUAUGACAUCCAUUUACUCUCAGAUUACAAAAUUAGGUAUACUCUGGGAUCCACACAAAACGAAGCCCACAUCUAAACCUCAGUCUUUGUACAGAAGAAACGCCCAAAUUGCGUUAAAUAAAUUGUCGGAGGGUAAAACAAGACCUGUUAAAGUUUUAAUAGUCGGUGUUCAUGGUUUCUUCCCAACAAAAAUGAUCAGGCCAAUUAUUGGUGAACCAACAGGAACUUCUGUCAAAUUUAUUAGUGAAGCAGAGAAUGCGGUACUGAGAUGGUUUCAACGACAUGAUACUCAUGUGGAGAUUAGUAAGAUUGCAUUGGAAAAAGAAGGGAAAGUUCUUGAUAGAGUAGAUUUCUUUUUCGAUGUUUUGAAGAAGUGGAUUAAUGAAAUUAAUAAGGCAGACUUUGUUUAUUUCGUUUCCCAUUCCCAAGGGUGCCCAGUAACUAUAAUCUUACUUGCAAAGUUGAUAGAGGCUGGAAUUAUUGAUGUUGAUAAUAUUAUAGCAUCGGACAUGCCACCAAUUGCAAUGAAACCGAAUGAAAAAAAAAAGAUUAUCAGUGUUUUAGCAAUGGCAGGCAUUAACAAUGGGCCUUUUUAUGGAGCAGACCAAACUUUUUUUGUGAAGGCCUAUUCAGCCAUUGAGAAAGAUUCUUUGAAAGAGCUUUUCCAAUUUCAAAACUUCCAUUCUGUUCUUUCUCAAAAGUUCAUUCAGGGUCUUAGAAUCUGCAUAGCUAGUAACGUGAAAAUAUCAUUCGUGGGAUCUAUCAAUGAUCAACUAGUGCCAUUAUACUCAUCAACUUGUCAGUUUGCUCAUCAUCCCAAUAUUUUUAAAGCGACCUUUGUUGAUAAAGAUUCGAAGACACCUUCCUUCAUUACCAGAAUUGUUAGCAUUGCAAACCAUUUAUCUAACUUGGGUUACGAUGAUCAUGGAAUCAUAAAAGAGAUUAGUGGGUCAUUGGCAGGAACUUUGACGGGAGGAGGCCACUCGAAAAUAUAUAACGAAGAACAGGUGUACGAGUUAGGAAUACAGUUUGCUUUAGAAACGACGGACUUGCCAGUAGAUAUUCCAGUAGUUUAUAAAGGUUACGAGGUAGACCAACUUGGUUCAAAUCCAUAUCACUUGCCAUGGUGCAUGCGGGGCUUACUAUACGAAACUGGUGUUCAUUUAGGAAGGGAGGAGAUUGAUGCGCUAUUUACUGAAUUCGACCAAUGGGAACCAGAAACCAAGCAACUAAAGAAUGUGAAGUACAGAUUAAACGGAUUAAAAUCAAAACUUUAG